AUGUCGCCGCCAGUGCUCGGAUUUACGCGGCCACUGGCGCCGCAGCCUGUGAGGCCUAACGAUGCUCCUGUCCUGCAGCCUCUGCAGCAUCAUUAUCCUCUAAAGUCGACCCGAUCGAGGCGUGGCACCAUUAAUGCCGCCUGUCGCGAGUGUCGUCUGAAGAAGUUAAAGCGCCCCAGCUGUCAGCGUUGCCUCGCUAAGGGCAUUGAUUCUUGCGAAUAUACCGUGAACCCGGGAGAGACACGCUUCACUGCCCUGAAGAGGAAGAAUGCCUCUCUCGUAACAGAGUCGGAUCGCAUGCAAAAAUUCAUAGAGGCCUUGCGCUCAGCAUCUCCCUCUCAAGCCCAGGAAAUGCUGGAUUCUCUCCGCACUGCCGACGCCUCAACUCAACUUUUGUCCACACUGGCCCACUUCGACCCCGAGUCUCAGCCCUUGCAACGCCAGGAGUCCGACUCGUCCGUGUCUUCGGUUGAUCAAUCACUGUUGUGUAUCAUUUCCCCUAACCAAGUCUUUGCAGAGAUGGGGCUGAACCUUCUAACACGACCGCCAAUUCCGCAAGUCUGUCCACCCAACAUGGAACGAAGUCAUUGGACGGAACUCAGGAAAACCUGGAGAGUGCUCGUAUUUCUCGAAACCUGGCUUUCCUCGACUCUCGGCUAUGUAUCGGGAUUGCAGCUGCCAAAGGAACUCACAAACGCGAAGAACCUUCAGAUCGACGAUGAGACCAAUCUCGAGGCGAAGGUCACGACGGAAAUGAUCAGGAUCACCAUCAUCAAAUUCGACAUGCUGCGUCUCAGCCUGUCAUUCCAGGGCUUAAGUGCGCUUAUGGUUCAAACGAUCACCAAGGAGCUGCAUCACUGGUAUCAAAAUCUGCCGCGCGAUAUGCGCCUGACCGAGUUGGCGAAGAACCCUGAGAUAUCCUUUGAAUUGCGGAGAACCAUCUAUUACGUCAACUUCCUUUAUUUUGGAGCCCAGAUCAUGCUUCUGCGCCGUGUUCUGCAGAGCAUGCAUGAAAACAACAGUCUCCUUGCUGGGGAUGAAGCAGCAGUUAACGAUUUGAUAAUGCAGGCAAAGCAUGCUGCUAGGGAGUCUGCCAAGCUGUUCGAAAGGCUGUACAUUGAAGGUGGCAUUGUCCAAAAAUGUUGGGUUUGCAUUCAAAAAGACGUGGCUGCCGGACAGUUCCACUCACUACUCAGCCGCUUCUAUGCCAUUCUAUACGCGACCGCUAAUGGUCAACUCAAGUUUGGCCCAGAUGUCAUCGGCACUGCUCGCGAACUAAACGAACUGAUUAGACGACCGUUCAAGACGCAGGGCCAAGAGAGUGUUGAAUGUUGCUAUCUCUGGCAAGAGGAGGAUCACCAGCACCAUCAGCGUGAACAAGGUAUUGACGAUGUCAUCGUCCGAGAUGUCGCAAACGCACCUAAUCAGUCAUUCUGCUGCGACGAUAGCUGGCAGCGCAUCGACGGCAUCAAGAAUGAUGGAAUGAUUCACGAUCUGCUCAGUGGCAUCCGACCUGGACGUUUCCUUCCUGGUUUUGAAUCCAGUGCUUGGCACUGA